UCCGUGUCGCAUGUGCUGCUGGCUGCAGUGUCUUGGUCCGUCCUAGCGCUAUCUGGUAUAUGGUUCACGUGUUGGAUGGAUUGAUCGUGUUGUGUGUCCAAAAAUCUCCUCCAGAAGUCACUCCUUGGAGACGUUGCGUUGCGGAGGCGUGCCUCGCCAGUGCACGGGACGAUUCUCCUUUGUACGCAGUGUGGUCGCUUUGGACUGAGUAACGUAAGUUGGGAACCUCAACAAUGGGAGGUUAAUCCCCUGACCUGUCCACCAUGCUACAACUGUCCCACACAAGUUCCAUGCUCACCAUGCAGUGUAAAUCACUUUCAGUUUCUGCAGUUUACAUAUACAUGUAUGUAACUGAUCGUCCUGUGGGCUCUUGUCAAUGACCAGCAUUCCUGACAGGAGCUGACUGAAAGUUUCACCAGCAGAUGUCAAACAGACAGACUUUUGAUCACAACCCAGUGACCCGGGAGAUUUUUUUCUUCUCUCUCUUUCCUUGUUGAGAGGCAACUGGCAACAACUUGACUGUCCCUUCUGCGGGCUGUGUGCAUGCCCUACAUGACCAUGUGCAGUCAUGACUGUUUCUGGAUGGACAGAUUAGUGACCCCAUUUUCUGUUGCAUGUCAGAGCUCCAGCUGGUCCGAUCGGCACCUUUUCAUUGCCUUGUUGCGACAGAGAUCAAAUGUGUCGGUCACGGUUGCUGCUGUACCGCCAACCAACCCAGUGUCUAGUGACAACCGGAUGUGUGUGUGAUGACAGUAGCAACGGUCCAGAUGUGUGCAAUGAGAAAUUGACUUUUUAUGGCAUCCGUGGCUGCAUAUAAAGCUGGCCACUUGUUCUACUUUUCAUUUCACUUUUGUCGGUGGUUGCGACUUUGUGUUGCUAUCAGAGAUAUGGUAGUCGAGCUGCGCUGAACAUAUUUUUAGACAUUGUCACAUGCUUUGUGCUUCAUCCUGGUUCGGGAAGAACUUUAAAGUGCACAUUACUUUCACUUUUUUGUUACAUUUUACUUUUCCGUGUCACCUGGUUUAUUCCUUAUAAAUGUAACACCAAAGUUACCAAAAUUCAAUAAUAUCAAUACUUGUGUAUAUACUGUGCAUAAGACAGGUUUGUAAAUAAUAAGCAGGUCUGCAAGUGUUCUGAAUAGCAAAUAAUUUUACUGUACUACAACAGCUACUGUACAAAUGACAAGGCUAUUUGCAGCGUAGCCGUUCAAGAAAAGCAUUCCAGACUUUAUACACAGUCCUGCCAAAAGUGUGAGGACGCAAGACUUAAGUGAGGACUUUGCUAUCAGAGGACCUUGAACACAAUGGCGAGACGCCUGAUGUACUGCAAGGUGGUACUUGCGACGUCCAUGGUGUGGUUUAUGCUGGACAUUGCACUCAUCAUGUACUACAGCGACUGCAACGACGAGACAAGAUGUCCUCGGGCACAGGAGAGCGGGGUCGGGCCGCACGAAGACAGGGGCUUUCAAGUGGGCCACGAAAAACCGCCACCGGUGGUCCACCCGAAGAACGGUCCGGGCGAAAUGGGCAAAGCUGUGGUCAUCUCGCCGGAACUGGAAGAAAAGAAGAAAGAGAUGUUUAAAAUUAACCAAUUCAACCUUCUGGCCAGCGACAUGGUGUCAGUCAACAGAUCCCUACCAGAUGUCCGAAUGGAAGGGUGCAAAACAAAAGUGUACCCUCCAAACAGUGUCCUACCAAAGACAAGCGUCGUCAUUGUGUUCCACAACGAGGCUUGGAGCACGCUACUGCGCUCGGUCCACAGCAUCAUCAACCGGUCGCCUUGGGAACUACUCGAGGAGAUCAUCCUGGUGGAUGAUGCAAGCGAAAGAGAUUUCCUUGGGAAGGACCUGGAAAACUACAUCAAGAAGCUUCCUGUGCGCACCCACGUGGAGCGAAUGGGCAAACGCAGCGGCCUUAUACGAGCCCGGCUACGAGGCGCAUCCGUCGCCAAGGGGGAAGUCCUGACAUUUCUGGAUGCUCACAUCGAGUGCACCGAGGGCUGGCUGGAGCCGUUGCUAGCUCGCAUUCACAAAGAUAGGAAAAAUGUGGUCUGCCCUAUCAUUGACGUCAUCAGCGACGAAAACUUUGCCUUUCACACCGGUUCCGACUUGACGUAUGGCGGCUUUAACUGGAAACUGAACUUCCGCUGGUACCCUGUCCCACAGAGAGAGACAGAUAGGCGGCACGGCGACAGAACGGAACCUCUAAGGUCACCGACAAUGGCUGGCGGUCUGUUUUCCAUCAGUAAAGGGUACUUUGAGGAGAUCGGCACGUACGAUGCUGGGAUGGAUGUCUGGGGAGGAGAGAACCUUGAGAUUUCAUUCAGAAUAUGGAUGUGCGGAGGAACACUGGAGAUAGUCACAUGUUCUCAUGUGGGCCACGUCUUCCGCAAGUCCACACCUUACACUUUCCCCGGGGGUACGGGUAAAAUCAUCAAUCGCAACAACCAGCGGCUGGCGGAGGUCUGGAUGGAUGAUUAUAAAAACUUUUACUACAGAAUAUCACCAGGUGUGAAGAAAACAGACUAUGGAGAUGUUUCAUUACGGAAAGAACUGCGGAAAAAACUGGAGUGUAAAAGUUUUGAGUGGUAUCUGGAUAACAUCUACCCAGAGUCCCAGUUCAGGCUGGACCAGCAAGUCAUUGGGGAGAUCAAGCACAUAGAGACCAAGAAGUGUCUGGACAACAUGGGGCGCAAGGAGAACGAGAAAGUCGGCUUUUUCUCCUGCCACAGCCAAGGUGGCAAUCAGAUUUUUGCACUGACGAGGCAGAACGAGCUGAAACACGACGAUCUCUGCCUGGACGCCUCGAGCAACACCAAAUUCCAGGACAUCGUCAUGCUGAAAUGCCACGGGAAGCGGGGAAACCAGGAGUGGCGAUACGACGAGCAGCUGAAAACUAUCACCCAUGUUCCAAGUGGCCUUUGUCUUGACAAGUCCAGCAAAGCGAAGGACACUCCUACCCUGGUAAAAUGCAACGGCUCAUCGUCGCAGCAAUGGCAACUGGUGGAAGUGCCCAUGACAUCAUAGUGGUGACUCGGAGGGCUGUCUUUCUCCCCCCCCCCCUUAGUUAGGUGAAAGCAGAGGGCUUUUUUUUUUGUUUUACUUGUCAACGGGUAUGCACCUUUUUAUGCAGCCUGACCAUUUGAAUGAGUAAAGUCUUUCUGAGAUUAACUGAAGGUUGAUCGUUUAAGGAAGGGUCCAACUUCAGGUUCGCUUUCAUCACAGUGGUUGGAUGCCUAGGUUGAACUUUCAGAAGCAACCAUGCUGUUUGCUCGAUUAGAGACUUAAACCCUGGCACUGCAGACCUUGUCUGGUUACUGAGAGAUGUGGGGGAGGUUGUGGGAACAAUCCAAGGGAGCGUGGUGUCCCUUUGAAGUACAGGUACACGUAUAAGGAGUAAGAAGUUAGGUCCCUGCACUGUGGAGCACAGAGGAGGAUUCAGAGAGCACUCCUUACUAGCAGAAAUGCGGAGAGAAUUGGAAGCAUUGUUGGUAUGGCAAACUGCCCAACCACACACUGCGAAACCCACUAACCAGACGUAGCAGGUUUGUAAAAAAGAACUUGACCGUGGUGCUUUGCAGCAAAGAAGACGGAAUUCUCUCCAAAUUUUUUUUUUUUUUUUAGAAAUCAGGAAAUAUGUAUUGACUCCAUUGCGUAUAAAGGUAUCAUUAGGGUUAUAUUGGCAUGCAGCCGGUAAAAGUUAACAUGAAGAUGGUUUGAAAAAGUACUAUUCUGAUGAAAUGUCUUUCUGUCUGUUCCUGUGGUACUCUCUGCCAGUACUUUUGCCAGGAAAGCCAACCUCUUUGUCAACUUCCCAUCAGACUCGUCCCAUAGGACAGUAUGCAAUGCUAGAUAAAGCUUGGCUUGUCCCCACAUCUUGGUGGGUGUUUGUCAUCCCUCGGGGGUGCAGGAUGACGUAGAGCGACAACCCCUGAGUUUAGUGGCCCAGGUCGAAGCACAGCACUCGCCUCGAAACCGGGAGCUUUCCACGUCAGUUCUUUCACUAGUUUAUACCUCAUAAUCUCUCUCCUUUCAUGAGACAGUCGGCCUUAUCUGUCAACGCGACAGGCCAAUAUGGUGCAGAAUGGCGAAUGCAAAAAAUCCCACUCCCGAAACAUUGUAGAAUGUUUACUGGCCCAACAGUAGCAUUUGGCUCGGGUUACUCCACAGAAAUCUACAUUCGUUUAUAUGCGCUUACAAUACUUGUGUGCUGUUUUUGCGGAAGACAGGUCAUAUAGUUGUCACAAAUCAAUAUGUUGUCAAGUCAGUGAAAACGGGAUCAUUUACACAGAAAUGCAACCUAUGCUCAAACUACAAUUCAGGCAGGACAUUCAGUCGAACACUGCAGCUCUUUCUCUUUCUUUAUUUUUUUUUUGGGGGGGGGGAGUUGAGAAUUGAGGCUUAUACUUUGUGCCGAAAGAGCUCUAGACAUCAUAACUUUUGAGCUGGAAGAAAAGAACAGGUGAUAUGUACAGUACUGAUUUACCCUUGACAUGUUACUUAAAGGCCUUUGAAAAACAGAACUAGAAGUAGUGACCCCAGAUUUGUGUACAGAAUCCCCCCACCAUGUUUUAUGAAAAUUUACCUGCAUUUGCAGGACACAAGUUGUGCCAGGAAGAUUCCAUUACUUUGUGAUUUACCAGCGAACGGCAGUUUAUAAAAAUUGAGAAAUUGCCAUUGCAUUUUAUAGGAGUAAUGCAGGAAACCUUUUGCAUUGUUUCUUUCUUGAACAGAGACCAGUAAGCCCAAGUUAUCCUUGCAACAAGAGUCUAUGUACAUGAACAUUAAUUCUAAUUGUACCUUGAAGAUAAGAGAAAGUGCAAUGCAAUGAAUCGGAUGUAAAGCCCUUUCUGUAUUAAAUCUCUUUAUGACGGUUGUUUUUUCUUUUUUUGUCUUAUUCUGUACCGAAGUGUUUGCAUGCACAUGCGCUUACAUUUUCAAUUUGUGUAAAUGAGAUUCACAAUCGAUCUUUGUAAAUAAAAAACCGCAAAUUUCAUGUCUUUCAAGUGUAAAUAUACACCACGAUUUUGGAUUAUUUCUAUGCUGGGUUUGUGGACUUUGGGUUCUUUUUCUUCCCUCUUAGCUGUGGAGAAUUGUCUCUGUGCCUUUCGGUGGUAAAAUGCCCAGAGGGCCUAAAAGUCGACAACGCAGUCUCGGUGUUAUUCGAAUAAUUGUGUCAACUCUUUCUUUUUUUAAAUAAACGGUGUGUAUAUGUACGGUAUAGUAAUGUACGUACAUGUAUGCGUACAAUGUUUGGGUGCGGUGCAGUACAUGUACGUGUACAUUAGAUACAGCCGUUGUCUGUGAGUUCAGGUGUAAAUGUAUCCCCAAAACAAAAUCAGACCAAAAAUGUACUGUUAGGAUUAUUGUAGAAAAAAGAGGACUUUCUUUGGCACGCUGAGGUAAUAUUGCACGUGCAUGUAGAUGUAUUUUGAUUUGGGGUAUUUGCUUUAGUGGUGAAAUUGGAAAUUUUAAUAUUGGCUUUCCCCGGGAAACCCAAUAUUAAAGUGUGUGAUUUGCCUUUUUUUUUUUUUUUGUGUCAUUUUUGUUUAUGGUAGUAUUUCAUUCGUUUUCAACUCAAUUUAGUUCGGUUUUAAUUUUGCGAGCGAUUUUCCCUCAUUUAUCUUAUAUAAGGACUAUCUGGUGCAAAGGACAGUUUUUCCAAUUAAUUUGAAUGUAGAUUGCACUUUGUGUUUGGUAGGAUCAGGAGUUUAGAAUGUAAGGAUAAGGGAAGAGGGAACUGAUGUGAGAGCUUUCUGAGGCCCGUUCUGCAAUUAUGCGAUGCACUUUUCACGUUUGAAUUUAAACAAGAUAAAUUAUGAAUAAAUUUUGCCAACUGUUGCUCAGAUGCUGUGGACACAUCUUACCACGAUCAGCGCCCGAAGGCUAAAUAAGCCCAUUUGUCUACGGUUCCUGUACAGUCACGCUUCACUUCGGCAUUUCUUUUGCCUCUGGUCACAAGCGCAUUUUGCCAACCAGUCAGGUUGGCCGUGAGCUCAAUGCCAAAGGAGUAGUUCUCAAAGUGUCGACAAAAUCUCAUGUAAAUGUUAUAACACUGUCAGGGAAUGCCUCCCUUGAUGCCACCGAUAUAGCAAAUGUGCAUUUGAGGCACACGUCGUUGUAAACUAUGAUGGUGAACUUUUUGCGAAGUUUGACCGCCCAUACAAAAUGGCUUUCUGUGUUUGCAAACAAAUAAAAUGUCUGUAGGGCUGUCUAUUCUAUCUUCUAAGCCAAAUUGUCUUUCACGUUUUUUGCCGUAAUUUAAAGAUUUAUUUUGUGAUUGUAAGAUUUGUUUUUUCGUUUACUUCUCUUUCAGUUUUUCUGUUUAUUCUCAUAAAGUGAUUAUAGUGUAUAAGUCUACUUAAUUGUGUAAAAUAUAUUGCGUUCUACGUAAAACUACCACAAACCAACUACCACAAACCAACAAAAAUUGCAGUUAUGUUGAAUACGGAUGCACAGUACUAGGUACAUGUACGAUGGACUUGGCCAAUCAAAAACCGUAGUUUAAACACCGAAUGGUUGUCCACCGUACGAUUGGUUCCAGUGGCAGUAUUGGAAACACAAAUAAAGCUACUCUUUUUAUCAGAAA